UAUAAACGUUUUUUCUGAUAAUUAAACGGCAGUAUGAGCGCGAAUAACGAAAACAACAUGAGUGAUAAAGUGGCAGUUGUUACCGGUUCCAAUAAAGGAUUAGGUUACAUAAUUGUUAGAGAUUUGUGUCGUCGCGGAGUGGGCGUUGUGUAUUUAACUGCAAGAGAUGAAAGAAGAGGAUUAGACGCUAUCGAAGCACUAAGAAAAGAAGGACUUAAUCCAGUCUUUCAUCAACUAGAUGUCACCGAUAAGGAAAGUGUUAAGCGAUUUGCACAACAUUUAAAAGAAAAACAUGGUGGUAUUGAUAUACUUAUUAAUAAUGCUGCAGUAAUUACUACUGAUUUUAAUAAAACGACAUUCGAAGACUCAGUAAAUGUACUCGAUGCGAAUUACUUCAGCAUUCUAACGAUACAGGAAUAUAUUUUUCCAGUACUAAAAGACAAUGCUAGAGUGUUGAAUAUAUCAAGCGAUGCUGGACAUAUAUCUAAUUUAGAAAAUCCUUAUUGGAUUAAACGUCUAACAAGUGAAGAUUUAAAAUUAGAAGAUAUUAACGAUUUUGUCAAUUGGUUUUUGGAUUCCGUUAAAAAUGGAACUCUUAAAGAAGAUGAUUUUGUAGAGACUGGUAUACUCGCGUAUAGAAUAUCAAAAGUAGCUCUUAGCGCUUUGACUAGAGUGCAACAGAAACAAGUCGGUCGUGGCAUUUCUAUCAAUUCUUUGCAUCCAGGUUUUAUUAAGACGAAUAUGACUAAAAACAGCGGUUUCCUAGAAUUAGAUGAUGCAGGAAUUGCUCCAGUAUAUUUUGUUUUAGACGCAGAUCAAUCUUUGAAAGGAAAAUAUUUAUGGUUUGAUAAAACUGAAAAGGAAUGGACUGAUCAUAAAUUGAAAAUUCACGCGAAGAUGGACAUUUUUAUGGAACAUGUAAGAAUGAACAAUAAAGAUUAUGUGUAAAAAAGAUUGAAGUGUUUACAGAAAAUAGGACGUAAUUUACAAAUGUAUUAUUGUACUUGACGGAACAUUAAACGAUAAAGAAAA